GGCUGAACGAUUUUCCGCGCAUGCGCAUUUCCUUUAAUCCUCAAACGCGCUUGAUAUGAAAAUAGAACACAACGUGAAAAUCUGACUGAUGACUUGUCAGCUAUGAAGUUUCGUGUAUAUAUGUUGACAUUUGUUCACACGGACGGACACUAUGCCAAAAACUUUCUUGGUGAAACGGGACAGUGAAUCACAUGAAUUAAAUGCGUCAGGAACCAUAAAAUAUACGUCAAAUGUCCGUUUAGACGGAACUAUCAAUUGCAAUGAGGUUAAAUCAAGUCUGACAGAAGUGACAGUUCAAGGUAGGGUCAUAUCAAGAGACGCUCAAUGUGUGAGGAAUAAUCAGGCAAUGGAUUCCACACCUCCAUCAACAUCAGCAGUCCCGGUGCUCGGGGAAUCAUCUUCGCGUACCAACAUACGACCGAACGGAACAACGCGACAGGAUGACUACACGAGAGAGGCAUCGGAGGCGGUUGGCGCUUCCGGCAGCGAAAGCACCCGGGCACUGCUGAAGAAGGCGCUGACGACGCUGGUGAGCACGGACUAUGACGCAGUGACGCCGCCUAGGAGGACGGGAAAGGAGAACACGACGCCUGUUAGCAGCAAGCCGAAACUGUUCAGACCGUAUGAUCUGGAUGAUAACAAAUGCGACAGUGAUACCUCUACCAACCAGACUUUUAUUUCGCCGAUUUUGGUAAGAGCGAAUUACGGAACUGGACUGGGUGACUGGCAUAUCGAAAAAAGAAGCAAGUCAGAAUCGCUCUCAUAUACGCAGACCAGUGUGCCGUGCACCUCAGUACACGGACUUAAAGCGGAGACCAGACCUACAUACGUACUAUCUGAUACUCGUUUACCACCGAAGCUAGUUCUGACAUCUCUCGAACCGCUCCGGUCAUCGACGCCCAAAAAUUCGCCAUGUAUCUCACCAGCCUCGUCUCAAUCUGAAACACGCAUCUCUCAGAAGUUGCUGACGUCUCCGGUAGUAAACAAUUGUCCUAGUGACAGCAGUAGAACGUGGACAUCAUUGAUGGGAACCAAUAACUACGUCUUAGAUAACACGGAAACAUCCAUUAGUGGCAAUAUGCAAGCACAGAGGCCAAAUGUAGUGUUUCAAGGAUCUCAUAGCUCUAGAGAGCAUAGUCUAAGACUGCCAUUAAAACACAGUUACAAAAACACCAUUACAAUCGGCACCGAAAGUGGUGGGCAUCAUUCCGCUGUGAGUAUCAGCAAGGUAGAGAGCGACCGACAGCGGUCCAACAGCUGUCCACCAGUAACGAACGCCGCCCCGGGGUCGGCACAUCCUGUCCCCCGACGCUGGGACUCCACCCGCAGACUGACCGAGCAGACACCCCCUGUACAAAUAGAGAUUCUGAAGGAAACCUGGGCUAAGCACCAUGCCAUCAUGACGUCCAGAAAUAUCCGCCAAGACGAUUUCGCACCCAGUUUACCGUCCUUUGCAACAUUUGCCAAUCAUAAAAGUGAAGCCUUUAAGAACAAUUCUUCUUACAACGCCAGACUUGAGCCAGAUAAUGGAUGCUCUAAUAAGGUUAAACACAUGAGAAGCAAGAGUGAGGAAACGUCAGAAAUAUCGAAGGGUGGAACUUCUCGACUCAGUUUACCGUCCACAAAAAAUGAAUGUUCUGAACUUCCACAGCGGUCUAUUGUUGACACCGAGGCUGACAAACAUACCAUUGCCUCAACAAUCAGUGAUCGCUCAACGACUGCCCCGUCCACUGUUUGCCCGAAAUCCAAGUCGAUGAUCCAAGCUUAUACAAGCCAGAAUGGGACGCAUGAGUCCACCAGGAGUCUAGUAAAUGGAUGUCGAGGGGACAAUUUUUCGACUACCACGGCUCCUACAAGAACUAAGUCACCGCCACCAAAACGCUUCCCUUACUCGGGAAUGGAAUAUUUUAAACCGAGACCGGAGUUUUACCGGUCAGACGCGCAUUGUCUUACGGACUACGCGUUCAAGCAUCCGCUAUACUACCACUCACUGCCUCUCCAGACGUUCAGAAUGGAACACGCGUUGCCGAAGUACUGGAUCCCCAAUGAAGCUGCGGUGGACCGACCUAACAAUUCGGCGCACAGACUUCAUGACAAACCUGACUUAUGCGUGGACCAGAUCACACCCAUAAGCGCAGGCGCAUUCAGCACUUCCGGUCUCCAAAAACUGUCCAGCGUCAACAGCCUUCCACCAGCGCCGCCCGCCAACCUUCCGGUGGCGCCUCUCCUAAAUCUGAUAAAGGAUCAGAGCGCCCUGCCGGGAGUGGAGGUGAUCAACGGAGGCUACGGCAUCAAGAACCCGUCCUUUAGUGCUCCCAAGGCGCAGGACUUCCCGGACGAGUCACUUUCGGCAGACAACUCCAAGUUCGUCUGCAAGUUCUGCUCGAAGGAGUUCAGCCUACAACGCCUGCUGAACCGUCAUCUGAAGUGUCACUCGGACGUGAAGCGCUACUUGUGCACGUUUUGUGGCAAGGGAUUCAAUGAUACAUUUGACCUCAAGCGACACACAAGGAUCCACACAGGUGUGAAGCCGUACAAGUGUCCGUCCUGUGAUAAGUCGUUCACACAGCGCUGCUCCCUGGAGUCGCACACACGCAAGGUGCAUGGCGCAGAUCUGCCUUACGGAUACAAACAGAGAAGGACCAAGGUGUAUGUCUGUGAAGACUGCGGGCAUUCAACGUCGGAUCCGGAGAACCACUUCGUUCAUUUGCAACAAAACCACCCGUUCUGUCCCGCGCUAGCAAGGUGUCACGACAAGCGGCAGUUCAAAUUCAGAUCUGACGGUAUAGAGGGUGCGGACCAAAGGGAACAAGAACGCUCCUCGGGUGAUUCGGACACGAAUGCCAAGACGGAAGAGGCGUCGACAGCGCGUGCUCGGGAUCCGUUGGCCUACAGCAAUUCUAUUAGUCGUAGUUUGCAGUUAGAAACCCCGACAGCUUGUGUAAAAGUAAAUAAAAUACAAGCGCCUGUAUCGGCACCGGCCAAUAUCGGAUCAAACAAACCCGAGGUUCAGGUCGUUCCACAGGAGCGCAUAGAACAAUCGGCACGCUUUUCACCACCAUCCUUGAGUCAGAACAUCCGCUAUUGCGACAUCAGAGUGGCGAACAAGCGUCCAGACACGACUUCGCCCAAGUGUUCACCUGUCAAAAAGGCACGGAAUAAUGAAACGCCUCUCUCUUUUGAACGAGGCGCGUGUGAGAAUGAGAGGCAGGCGGAACCACCGGGUAAGGUCGCGUUCAUGCCGCACGUUAAGAAGCGCCCUCUGGGCUCUUUGACACAAAACACCCUGUACGAUCUGCAUCCAAACACUGGCAAGCAGACGCCGACGAAGUCCAACCCUCCACUGGGGAUGCGUCUACCGCUAGGACAGAUCGUCCGCCCGAACUGUUGGUGAAAGUCGUCUGCAGACAUCUGUAUUGACAAUGUAUAUUGCUGUAUAUAGUUUUAGUCAAUUAUCUGUCCUCUAAUGACUGUGAUAUAGUUCUGUAUAGUUCUGUAUAGUUCUGUACAUGAAUAUUUGUUUGUGUCGACAACGAUUGUGUACGAUUAUUAAGGGUUUAGGCAAAGUUAGGCGCAUUGCAUCCAUCACAUUUUUUGAAAUCCGAUUUAUUAUUGUGUUGUGUUUUCAUGUUAAAUGUAAUGUUCAAGAAAUGAUGUACUUUUCAUUAAAUAAGUCAUCAAUUAUUGCUCAGCAUUGCUCUCUCAAUGAGCGUUUUUAUAGAUAACAGUAGCAACGGCGUUUUGUUAUCUCUCGUUUACAAUAAGAUUCGUUGACUGUCUUCGUUUAACUGUUUGUUAGGCCGGAAAGUACCUUUAAAAGUGUCAUUUUUUUGUUUCUUUCUGCGUUGUUUCGUUGUUGUUUAACUCAGGAUUUGUUCACCUUUCUGUCCCUAUUUGCAGUAUUAUUGUUUAUUUUUACUUAUUUCGUGUUUCUUUUGUUAUGAGUCUUAUAAUUGCUUGCCACAUUUUUAUUUUUUUCU